AGUCACUAAUUCAGAUAUAUUGCUAGUAAUCUAUAAUAAGCAAAAAAAUUAUACAUGUGCUUAUCGUGAAGGUCGGCUUUAUAAUAUGAUCGAGCCACUACGCUCUCCCAACAGAGAGAGAGAGAGAGAGAGAGAUGGGGGAAAGCAGUACUUGCUAUGAUAAGAACGAGGGACUGAAGAAAGGAGCCUGGGCUGCAAGUGAAGACCAGAUUGUCAAAGACCACGUCAAAAAACAUGGUGUGGGAAAAUGGGGCAAAUUAUCUAGGGAAACAGGUCUGAAGAGAUGUGGGAAGAGUGUGAGGCUUAGGUGGAUGAAUUAUCUGAGGCCUGGUAUCGUUAGAGGCAACAUUACAGAAGAUGAAGAAGAGCUCAUCAUCAGACUCCACAAACUCUUGGGCAACAGAUGGUCACUGAUAGCCGGAAGGAUACCAGGGCGAACUGAUAAUGAAAUCAAAAACUACUGGAAUUCCUGCUUAAAGAGGAAGCUACAACAACAAAACCACUUGGAAGUGCCUAGAAAUGAGGAGAUCAGGGAGGACUUGUCAUCCUCUGCUGCGGUUGCCGCUGCCGCUGAGAAGAACCCACAUUUGACCGGAAACAAUGUCAAUGAAGACGAAGAUUAUCAUCAGCAUCAUGAUGUUGACUUUGGAGUUGGAAUUGAGUUUGAAGCAACUGAUAAUAAUAACGGCACUGGUGAUGAUGAACAUCCGAGGGAUGACCUUUGGUGGAACAACUUCAUAAUGGAUCUGAAUGAUAUCCAACUCGAUGUAUCUGAAUUUCAAUCCGACUUCCCCGAGAUUUGGGAAUCUAAGGUGAACGUUAUCGACGUUGGAGAUUACAGCACCGAUCAUCAUGCCAACUAAUUAAUUCCUUGAUUUGACCUUGAUUAUUCUAUUAAUUAAUUUCUUAAUUAUGCAUGUAUUUUGAAGCUAUUCAUGACGAAAUUGAAUGCAAGUUUAUUAAUUAUGUACUUGUGAAGAUGACUUAAUAAUCUACCCAUGAAACCUGUUGAUAGAAAGGCUCAAAGACUUAUGCUUUUGGUUAGACUUCACAAAAGCUGGUUCAGUUGAAAGAAAAUAAAAUUUUGCAAAUUGGUAAUAAAACAUGCGUGCCCCUUGCCCGC